AGCACGGGCGAGGCCAGGGCUGCGGGCGCGGCCCCGUUUCUCUCUGCUGUCGUUAUUCCCAAACCAGCCCAACGGAGCCCUCGGAGAGCGCGAUGGACGAGUGGGAUCUCCCACAAUGGAAAAAAGAGGUGGAAAGCCUCAAGUACCAGCUGGCCUACAAGAGGGAGAUGUCCUCCAAGACCAUACCUGAGUUCGUGAAGUGGAUCGAGGACGGAAUUCCCGAGGAUCCCUUCCUGAACCCGGAGCUGAUGAAGAACAACCCCUGGGUGGAGAAAGGCAAAUGCGUCAUCCUCUGAGGGACGGAGCUCUCCCCGAUCCCCGCUCCAGCAGAACCUGAACAACUCCCUGCCCUCACCUCCUUCCUCCCCGUGUAGUUGUAGAGGGGUUUGGAAAUGGGGGGACACGAGGAAAAUCCCCCCAGGAUGGGGCAGCCCUGGGAGGAGGAGCAGCAAAAAGCUUCGCUGCAGCUUCACCUCACGCUUCUGCCACCCAACAGAGGCAGAUUUUGCAACUUGUAAAGAGGAUU